CAUCGCGCUCCGAAGCUGCCGGCUCGCACUCGACCAUGCCGCCCGUCAUGCUGAGCGCGCCUCCAGCCGACCGAUCAGAGCCGCGGUGCCUCGUCAAGCCGUCAAAGGAGUGGGUCGUACCGCCGAGGCCCAAGCCUGGUCGCAAGAGCACCAAGAAGGACGACUCGACUGCUAAGAGCAGCAGCAAGACCACGCAGAAGGCGGUUCGCGAGCGCCGUCAAGAGUACGUCACCGAGCUCGAGGAAAAGGUCCGCCAGCUCGAGGCCGGCGAGGGCGACAAGUGCGUCUUCUACCAGCAGCAGGCGCAAAAGGCCAAGACCGAGACGGUCGCGCUCCAGCACGAGAACGACGUCCUCAAGAAGGAGAUCGAGCAGCUGCGGCGCGAGCUUGAGCGUGUCCAGGGCGCAGGAGCGUCGGCCACCCCGGUCGGGCGACCCGCCGGCGGCAAGGACAAGGGCAAAGGGCGCGCCGCGCCGCACGAGUUCCACGACACGGCGUCGCCGGGCCCGUCAAAGCGCCCGAGGAGGUCUGCCGCCGUGCGCGCGUCCGCCGUCGUCGCCCAGGCGGCCGGCUCGUCGCCCGUCUUCCACUACCCGCCCGUCGCCGCCGGCGAGUCGCCCGUCCCCGCGCUCUCGCCCGCCGGCACGUCGAGCUCGUCGGCCCACUCGGCCUAUGUCCACUCGCCGCUCAACGACUUCCACGACGGGCCCGCCUCGCCGAGCGGCGGCAGCCACCACCACCACCCGCACCUCGCGCCGAGCACGACGCAGGCGUCGUCGCAGCACCAGCGAUGCACGUUCUGCCCGUCCAGCGACAACUGCUUCUGCGCCCAGGUCGGCUACGAGAUCGCGCCGUCGCCGCUCCCGCUGCAGACGACGGCGCUCCUCGCCGCCGCGUCGUCGCCGGCCGCCCAGAUCAAGCUCGAGGACCCGGACGACCUCUUCUUCCACGAAGCGGCGUACGAGCCCGCCGUCCCGCUCCGGCUGCGCAAGUCGGCCAACAAGGCGUCGAGCGUAUGGGCAAUCGAGUCGCCACGUGCCGCCCAGGUCAAGCGGUCGGUCGUGGUCGGCGCUCAGGCCGUGUGCAGCGGCGACCCGUCGAACUGCCCUGCCUGCUCAGACGACCCGUUCGGCAAGGCUUUCUGCAACGCCCUGUCGUCGACCGUCUGCUCGACCCAGCCGUGCUCCAACUGCCCGUCGCACUCGGGCGUGCGCAAGAUCCCGACGCCGCCACCCGAGCCGACGCCGCCACCCGAGCCGACGACGUCGUCGACGACGACCGACGAGGAGGCGGCCCUGUUCGAGUCGCUCACGGACCUCCCGUGCUGCGGCGACCCGCGCAUCUGCGGCUCGCUCACGUGCAAGCCGAGCGGCGACGCCGAGCCCGUCGUCACGUCGGCGCCGCAGAGCGGCUCGUCGAGGUUCUCGAGCGCGUCGGUCGCGCCCGGCGUCGAGACGGUCCCGUGCAACGAGGCGUGGACCGCCCUCAAGCAGCACCCCAACAUCGCCUUUGCCGACCUCCAGAUGCUCGCCGACGUCGUCGCCAAGCGCACCUUCUGCGGCGGCCCCGUCUGCAGUACGCCACCUCCUCCCGCCGGCCUCUCGGCGCUGCAGAGCUCGGCGCUCGACUCGGGCGCUCGCAAGCGCCUUACGGUCGAGCGCGGCGCCGUCAACGAGGCGCUCGACCUGCUCGACCGGGCUGUCGCACGGGGUGGGCCGCUCAGGCACUAG